GCUCUGUGUUGUACUUCAAUCUGCGACGUUGCUGGAAACAUGUCUUUUAACCCUACUGAUAUUGUGGGAGCAGGCGGGAUAGACGAUUCGCGCUUCAAACCAUGGUGGGAAAAAGUGAUAGAAUACAAUAUGAGAGGCAUGUUGGUCACAUCUUUGCUCAUUCUAUAUAUCGAAUCCGUUGCAAAACCAAUCCAGUGUGCACCGAAAUAUCCAUCGGCUAAUCUAACAUUGACUAGCGAACAAGCUGCUUUGGCAAACGAGUUCUGCCACCGCCAAAGAGGUGUAUUUCUGGACAUCGCGGGUAUAGUUUCGUUAGGCAUGACCAUAGCUCUGUAUAUCUGCUUUUCUACAUGGUUGCUUUCAUCAACGGUAACUACUGUAUUAACUGAUAUGAAGCGCCUUGAUGAUAGCUUGAGGAACAAGAAUAUAAGGGCUAUACAUGUGGAUAAUGCUCUAGCCACCCCAGCUGUAAAUUCUGAAAACCAGGUUCCGCAACAACAAGAUGGUGUUGUUGGAAACCAGAUCCCGCAACAACAAGAUGGUGUUGUUGGAAAUCGGGUCCAGCAACAACAAGAUGGUGCUGUUGGAAAUCGGGUCCAGCAACAACAAGAUGGUGUUGUUGGAAAUCGGGUCCAGCAACAACAAGAUGGUGCUGUUGGAAAUCGGGUCCAGCAACAACAAGAUGGUGCUGUUGGAAAUCGGGUCCAGCAACAACAAGAUGGUGUUGUUGGAAAUCGGGUCCAGCAACAACAAGAUGGUGCUGUUGGAAAUCGGGUCCAGCAACAACAAGAUGGUGCUGUUGGAAAUCGGGUCCAGCAACAACAAGAUGGUGCUGUUGGAAAUCGGGUCCAGCAACAACAAGAUGGUGCUGUUGGAAAUCGGGUCCAGCAACAACAAGAUGGUGCUGUUGGAAAUCGGGUCCAGCAACAACAAGAUGGUGUUGUUGGAAAUCGGGUCCAGCAACAACAAGAUGGUGCUGUUGGAAAUCGGGUCCAGCAACAACAAGGUGGUGUUGUUGAAAACCAGGUCCCGCAACAACAAGGUGGUGUUGUUGGAAAUCGGGUCCAGCAACAACAAGAUGGUGUUGUUGGAAAUCGGGUCCAGCAACAACAAGAUGGUGCUGUUGGAAAUCGGGUCCAGCAACAACAAGGUGGUGUUGUUGGAAAUCAGGUUCCGCAACAACAAGGUGGUGUUGUUGGAAAUCGGGUCCAGCAACAACAAGAUGGUGCUGUUGGAAAUCGGGUCCAGCAACAACAAGGUGGUGUUGUUGGAAAUCGGGUCCAGCAACAACAAGAUGGUGCUGUUGGAAAUCGGGUCCAGCAACAACAAGGUGGUGUUGUUGGAAAUCAGGUUCCGCAACAACAAGGUGGUGUUGUUGAAAACCAGGUCCCGCAACAACAAGGUGGUAGUGUUGGAAACCGAAAUCAGGUCGGUGCCAAUGUUCUCUCAAAACAAAUUGAGAAAAAAGCACAAGAGGCUAUUACUGGAAAAGAUUUCAAACUUGCCGAAAAAUUAGACCUAAUGGCUGAAGUAUACGAAUCUCUCGUCAUGGAUAAGUUACAACGACCGUAUAACCCGAUAGUUGGAACUAUGUGUUGUGGACCUUGGGAGAAAUUUUUAAAGCGCAUUAACCCAGGAUCAAAAAUUGCAGCAUGUUACUUCGUGAGAUGUUGUCUGGCGUUGGUUGUUUCUUUAGGAUUAGUAGAUUGUGUCUCGUAUUUUAUAUUGUGUUAUCGUCCGUAUCAGCCGAAUUCGUCACACUGCCUGCUUUCAGAUGAUCAGGUCGUGACGAUCGGGACAAGUUUAUUUUUAUGCUGGUCAGACUUGGAAGUCAAAAUAUUUCCAUUUGUAGUGAUAUAUGGAAUAUUAUCAUUCGUUGCAGUUUGCAUGUCUGUUGCAGGGAUUUGGUGCGUGGUCAUUGUGCCCCGCGCAAGCACGGUCUUAUUCAUCAUACAGUUCAAUAAGUCGUCAUACAAAUUGUGCGAUGCCAUAUUAAAGAUUUUGCAAGCAGAAGAAGAUAGGAGGUUAGCAGAAACCAACGAAGAAUGGUGUUGCGGCUGUUGCUAA